AUGGAGUAUUUCUCCAGAUUGCUGAAGAAAGUAGGAAAGCAGAGGAGAUUUAAAUAUCAUCAAAGGUGUAAGGAGCUUGCUUUAAAUCACUUGAUUUUUGCAGAUGAUUUGAUGUUGUUUUCCUAUGGGAAUAAUGAGUCUGUCAAGCUCCUGAUUAAGGCUCUUAAAACCAUUGAAGCUAUAUAUGGUUUGCAGGCUAAUCUUAAGAAAACUGCAAUUUACUUUAGUAAUGUUCAGCAACCUGCCCAAGACAGCAUUCUAUGCCAUUCUGGAUUUGUGAAGGGUGAUAUGCCUUUUAGGUACUUGGGGAUUCCUUUAAAUGCCAAGUAUUUGAAGAUGGUGGAUUAUGAUAGUUUGAUUAACAAGAUGCUGGUCAGAUUACAUUGCUGGAGUAGUAGGAAUCUUUCAUAUGCAGCUAGGGUCACCCUUAUCAAUGUAGUGUUAAUGAGUUUGCAUACUUAUUGGGCUCAAUGUGUUUUACUUCCCAAAUCAGUCAUUGAUAGGAUUAACCAGCUAUGCAGAGCUUUUCUAUGGAGUGGUAAUGUUGUUCUAUCUACUACCCCUCCAAUUGCCUGGGAUUGGUGUUGCAGACCUAAGAAGGCAGGUGGUCUUGGAUUCAGAGAUUGCAGGAAGUGGAACAAAGCUGCUCUGGGUGCCUAUGUUUGGAAAAUAGCAAAGAAAACUGACUCUUUAUGGGUUAAAUGGGUACAUUCAGUGUACAUUAAAGGUGAAAAUUGGUGGGAUUAUGUUCCAAAGAAAGAUGCUGGAUGGGCUUGGAAAUUGUUAUGCAAAGUUAAAGAUGAUUUGAGACAUGGUUUUAAAUCUAAGGGCUGGCUGAGUAAUAAGUACAAAAUUAGAGAUGUGGAAAAUUGCAGUCAUCUUUUCUUCUCCUGCAGUUUUAGCAAGAAGGUGUUGAAGGUUGUUUCUCAAUGUAUUGGUUUUGACAAAGAUCAGGUAGACAUUCUUCACAACUGGAAAUUAUGGAAAGCUGAGGGUAGGAACCAUGUUCAGAAGAAUUUGAUCCUGGCUAGUUUGGCUGCUGUUGUUUACAGUAUUUGGAUAGCUAGGAAUCAUGCUCUCUGGCAUAGUGCCGUGCUUAGACCUGAAUUUGUUGCUAAGGUCAUUAGAAGGGAGGUGGUGACUAGAUGUCAGCAGCUAAUCAAUCAUACUUGGACAAUUGCUGAUUGUCAAUGGCUCCAUCAGCUUAGAAAUAGUGUCUAG